AUGGAAGCGCUUCAGGAAAAAAAGGUGGAGUUUUUCUCCAUGGAAAACAUGAAGAACAACGAAAAAGCAGUCGAGUAUGUACACACAUCCAUGUGUGUCAUUGCUGGUUGUAUUGCGGGUAUCACGGGUAUGACGGGGCUACAGGGGUUUGCAUUCCUUGCAGCCGUCUACGUGUUUACAGCUGUGGCCCUUUGGGUUUUUAAACUCGGGAUGAAUGUCCAUGUUUACUUCAAUACAAGCGUCUUCUCCUUUAUCUUUGCGGGUGUCAUGUCUCAAGCGCUGUCUUUUAUCCUCUUCUGGACACUGUCGUAUGGACUCGUGCAUAUCUAUUGA